GUGGCAGAAUGGGGAGCUGAUGGUGUUAUUGUUGGUAGUGCAAUGGUAAGAAUUUUAGGUGAAGCAAAAUCACCUGAAGAAGGCUUGAAGGAAUUAGAGGUCUUCGCCACAUCUUUAAAGUCUGCACUCCCUUGAUCAGUUGUAGAGAGCAGCCCAGUGCACUAAAGCUUUUCGGCACUCCCUUGAUUAGUUGUAGAAUUGAUGAUUUUGUUGUCUCAAAGCUUUUCGGCCACCUCGAUUUUCAAACCUCAGUUCUUAGAAGCAAAGUGGAUCUUGAAAUAGAUUGUCUGAUUUAAGCUCUAGAGUUUGACAUUCUUACUCUAGCUUGUGUUCGAUGCAAAUUUGUUUUCUAUGGUAAUUCACCUUAUUGAGCAAAGGCAUAUGGGAGACUUUCAAAAUAACCUAAUUGAAGCAUAAAUAAGGCAACACUAGCCACAUUUUACAAAAUUACAAUUCAUAGCCAUUGUAUAAGCUGUAUUCAACCGACUAUAUUUAUAUAAAAUAUAAAUACAAUGAUUAAUUGUGUGCACCAAAAA